UAGAGGCGCUGUAUGUUUGCGCUCCACGAGGCAGAAGUAAUGUGUUUUCUGGCAGGGAAUUAGAUAUCGAUCCUCGGUUCCACAAAAAGGACAAAUAAAAAGUAUGUCAUUCUUUGAAGCCAGCAGACAGCUACCGACGCUGAAGGUGUCACGACUGCCCUUCAGUGUGGAAGCGCUCAUGUCGGACAGGAAGCCCCAGGAGGCCGUGGGGGGUCGCAAGGGAAACGAGAGCCUAAAUGAAGACGAACGGGACGCGGCGGAGUCGUUUCCCCAUCUGCGAUCUGUCAGAUGUGAGCGGAUGGACAGGCAGGACCAAUCAUGUUUGGCACCUGUCUCCACGACGACGGCUGCAGCUCAGUAUUCACACAGUGCAUCAGUCUGCACCUUGAGGAAGCACAAGACCAACCGCAAACCCCGAACGCCCUUCACCACAACGCAGCUCGUGGCCCUGGAGAGAAAGUUCCACCAGAAGCAGUACCUCUCCAUCGCCGAACGAGCCCAAUUCUCCACUUCUCUGUCACUGUCGGAAACCCAGGUCAAGAUCUGGUUUCAGAACCGACGGGCCAAAGCCAAGAGACUACAGGAGGCAGAGCUGGAGAAACUCAAAAUGGCCGCCAGUUUAGGUCCGAAAGCGUUGUUCCAGACGAGUGUGGCGUCGCUGGGGCUGGCUCUGCAGAAGGACUGGGCGGGACUAGGCACGAUUGGUCCCAGCUCCCUGAUACCUGCCGCUCAUCUGGCUCUUUACAGCACCGCGGUCGGACAGAGACUUUUUCACUUCACCUGAACUCAUCCCAAAACACAUCCUCAUGAACAAGAAGAUGAGGCUGCACAGGAAAUGUAGAUCUUUUACAUACUUUUGA